UGAUACAUAGGUCAUACUUCCGGUUUCGUGUUGUCAUUCCUGGAUUCUCGUGCACAGUACACGUAUAAGGAUUGUGAUAAAAUAUAAUUGCCUUAUGUGAAAAGGUAUUUUUAUUAAAAUCUAUUCUCCCAAUUUCUUGAAAGUACGUAUAGUUAUGAGGACCUUUUCUCUCUCUCUUAGUUUUUUUUGUUCUAUAUACCAGGAUGCAUCGUAUACAUCGGCCAUACUUCCGGUUUGGUGUAGUCAUUCCUGAAUUCUCCUGCACAAUAUAAGGAUUGUUUAUAUUUCUUAUACAGGUACAAUGUUUCUCAAGACCAAAAUAAAAAGCCCUCCCAAGGUCGUUAGAAAGAUGCUGAACCCCUUGACAGGGCGAUGGGUAACCGUUAAAGAGAGUAAGCCAAAGAAAAGAAAGACAGUUUCUGAUGCUCCCUCCCAGCCAGACACAGUUAUUGCUGCUUCCUCCCAGCAACCGAUCCCGACAACAUCAUCCAUCAACGUUGAGCCUAUGGCCGUAGUUUUUGCUGCUUCCUCCCAACAACCGAUCCCGACAACAUCAUCCAUUGAUGUUGAGCCUAUGGCCGUUGAUCUUGAAAAUGGAGCAAGCUCUUACUGGAAAAAGAAAGUAAAUCGUGCUGACAAAUGGGAAAAGAUACGACACGAACUGCUGGUUGUGCACACUGAGCUGUGUGCUGUUCCAGAUCAAAGCCAGUGUGUCUGUUGUGGCUUAAAUUUACCAACAAUCCGCUGCUUGGAUUGUAGCAGCAAUGCACUAUUCUGUGAGGAGGACUUUGUAGAGCGUCACAAGAAUGCUGCAUUUCAUAGUCCAGAAAUAUGGAAUGGAUAUUGUUUUGUGCCAUAUGCAGCCAACUUGCCUGUUUUUGUGCAUAGCAAUCACAAGGUACCAUCUUGUGCAAAACGUACAAGGGAAAUCACUGUGAUUGGAAUGAGAGGUGGCCCACAGCUGUUUACUUUUGAAUUCUGCUCAUGUGAGAGUGACACAGUCACACUACUACGCCAUCGCCUUUGGGGUUCUUCCCCAGAAAUACCAUCUGUGGCAUUUAAACUGGAUGUCAUGGAGUGGUUGCGUGCAUUAGUGCUUGAAUGCCAGGUGUCAGUUAAGGGCUUUGUCGAUGCAUUGGCAACCCGACUUAGCAAGAUAGAGAGCAUGAGCAGCAAGAAGGUUAAUGGAGUAUAUCAGGCCCUAGUAACUGAUGCAUUUACAAAGUACAUGCACCAUGAAUACCAGUUGCAGCAGCUGCAACACAUUGAUCCAGAUCUUGAUGAUGGAACUGGUUGUCCUGCCUGCCAUGUGGCCAAAGAAGACAUUGAGGUUAAUGCGAAAGACCCUGCAACUGAUGGAAGUCAAAAAGUGUUGUCUGAAAAUAACCUAAUAUUUUCAUUUGAUGCCAACUUUGGCCUAUCACGAAAAAAGUCAUCUGGCAAAAGCCCUGGUGAGGCUUUCCACACAGGGCGUUACUUCCUGGACCAGACAGAAGUAGAUGAUUUUGUACAGAAUUAUGUCUGUCUCACAAAAAAAGGAGGUGGGGACUGUAGUGACUUUCAGGCAGGAAGCUACAGGUCGAAAUCCAGAACAGAUAAGCUGGAUGAAACAGCUGUGUUUGGUUGUGCCUGUAGCAGGCACGAAUUCCCCCAUCGUUUCUUCAGCCUAAAGCACGGUGAAAGGUUGGGAUAUGCUGUCUGCCUGAUGGAGAAACUGCUACAAGAACAUCCGCAGAAAAUCUCCAUCAUGUAUGACAUUGCAUGUGUUCUAUCAGCACAUCUGAAGAAAAGCAACAGAGGAGAGCUGGCAUCAAGAGUACAAUUCCUCUUGCCUAUUUUCCACAGCUUUGGUCAUAAGAUGUCAUGUCAGCUAGAGUAUGGCCCACGAGCAGCAGCUGGGAUAGGCCUGACAGACGGCGAAACAGUUGAGCGCCUGUGGUCCUAUCUCCGAAAAUUUUCAGCAAUCAGCAAGAUGAUGACGCCACAGAGGAGAGUAGAUUUGCUGACAGAUGCUCUCCUCCACUAUGCUUCAAAGUUACGCAAGCGAUUAGGCAAACAUCUUGCGCAGAAAAUGGUGAAAGCCGAAUCCACCAGUGAAGCCUCAUCAACUCAGUUUCAGGAGCUGACACGCUCUUUUCAGGAACCAGUGGAUGCUGCGAAGGUUUUGCAGUGGCGAGAGGAAGAAAAAGCAGCAUGCAGGAGAAAUGAUGUGUCUUCCAAUGAGAAGGACAAGUACAUGCUGACCUUAUUUGAAAUGAAUAAAUGCCAGUCAGCUUCUGCAGCCUCAACAGGAUCUGAUGACAGCAGGACUGAACUAAGUGUACUGGCUGCCAAGGUAACAAGGCUGGAAAACCAGUACGGCUUUGUGCGACCUUCAGAGGACAGCAGUCAGUACAGAGAACAGCUGACAUCAGCUGUUGUCAGCAAACGCAAGCUGGUGCUGGAGCAGAUGAGAUCAGUGGCUGCAGAAAGAAGCUACAGUCUGAUGCAGCUGGCAGAAGCUCGUGGCCAGGAAGUGGCCAAGAAAAUGAGCACAGUUGUGAGCAGACACAACAAAAGAUUGAAGAGUCUGCUCACGAUUUAUAACAAGUUUUCACCUGUUGAAGGUCAAGAAACCCUGCCUGCAACACUCCAGUUUGCAGAUGUUGCUGACAGGGGCAGCUGGGUAUAUGGUGUGGUCCCAGAAACAUCAUCAUUAAAAAGAAAAGUUAUUCAGCUAUCUGAUCUUAUGAUCAGAUGUACUGAAGAGAAAGGGCUGCUCAAAAAAGAUGCAGCAGCAGCUCAUUCAUGGUAUCAAUGGAAGCUAAGACAGUGUCAGGAACACCUUGAAAGAUUGCAAAGUACAACUCAGUAUGACCGUGGCUGCCGUGCCUUAAUGUUUCAACAUAUGGUUCAGUUGGAAAAUAUGUUAAAUGACUUAGAGUCUUUAGAAUUUGCUGAGCUCACAGCACUUCCUAAGCCAGCUUCGCAGUUCUUGUCAGCACAUCAUGAUGUUCUUUCUGUUGAUACAGAAGUGCAAGAGCUGUCGGAGCUGGAACUCGAAGAAGUGCUGUGUAUGCUUCAGCAGGGUGAAGAAAAUCCGGAGGAAGACUCUGACAACGAAGAUUCUGAAAAUCUGGAUGAAUGAUAUAUCUGCCUUCUCAAAUUUUAUCUUAAACAUGUGCUUUUCAUCAUAUGCAUUAUCACGGUACGGUGCAGUGAACUUGCAAUUCUGGUGGUAAAAUAGAACGCAAAGUAUCCUGCACACAAACAUGAUUCAAAAUUGUUUAACUACUACCUGGAAUGAUAGGAACAUUUUAAAUAUUUAAUAACAGUCUUCCUGCUUCUCACAACAGCAUUUUGUCAUUCAAUUAUUCAUUUAACUCAUUUCUUUUUGUAUGCUGAUGUUUCCAGAUUCCCACCAUACACCCAGCUUCCUCUGUGAUGUAGGUGUGCCUUAGAAAAUGCUUUAUAUGUAAAUUUGUGAUCGGAUAUUUUUGUGUAUAUUUUGCUUGCUGUGAUGUACUUCUGGCCUUGUAACCCAAAUUUGUUACAUUUCAUGCUAUUUUCCCAUAAGUUUGCACACCUAUAUAGAUUGUAAGCUAGACAUAUUCGUUCAGAUUGUUAUUGUCAUUAUUGACAAUUUUUUUCGUGGAGUGCAUUUGUACACGCACCUUUUUUAGUAACUGUCAAAUUACUGAAAUAUAGUGAUGUCAAGUGGAUCUGUUUCAAUGCACAGCAAUCAAACCUGACCUGCCUGCCUGCAAAACCCCUAUCCCCCACAAUUCUCUUUCAGUUUUAACUACUUGACAAGUAUCAACAAGACUGGCCAAAAUUUACACACUUAGUAAACACAUUAAUAAUAAACACAUUCUUACAGUCAUUUGGCAAAGUGUGGACAUGGUGGUGAAGAAAUAAACUUGGUGUACUGCACAGUAAACCGAGAGCACAGUGUUCUAAUUUCUUUUGUCCGUAAACUCGGUGGAAUGCCCGCUGAGAUUGCACCUGUAGAAAAUCUAUUUUCUACUUUUAUUAAUGUUGGGGUUAGGUUUUGAUUACAGUCUUGUAGAAGACAUUAAUGGUCCGCGGGACUUGCAACUAUUAGUCAAUCGUGAACUUUUACUGAUGAACUUGUGAACAUUUGAAUUAUUAUGGAAUUGUGAACUGUAACUUUUGAACUUGUGAACAUUGGCUUGAUUAGUGAAGUGGGAACUUUAACUGUUGAAAUUGUGAACAUUGGAAUUAUCACCAUGAUGAACAGUAAUGAGAAGAAGCGACCGAAAGCUAAGUUUUAAUAUUAUAUCUGAAUAAUGCUUGUAAAUAUUCCUUUAUAUAUAUAUGCGCUCUUUGUUUAAUUAUAUUCUUUUAACUCAUACUUAAGUAUCUCUAUGGAAUGAAUGUGUUGCAAUUAGGUGUGUGGGUGUCACGGACCAGUCCGUGCCUCCUGUGUUUGUUUGUUGUUUUUUUUUGUUGUUUUGUUAUGUUGUUUUUUUUGGUGUAUUGAUAACCGUGUUUCACCAGAGUUUGGUGGAAGAAGUGAAAUUGUUUGUAAUAAUUAUUUGUGCCUCCAAAGAGGGUACAGCCACCGAG